AUGGAAGAGAAAGUCAAAAGAGAGUAUGAAGCUAGAGCUCAGAGAGUGCGGGCUGAUCUGAAGCAAUGGGAGGGAGAUUGGGCAAAGACGCAUGGCGGAAAGAAGCCAGGCAGAGAGGAUAUCAAGAACAAUCCUGAUAUAGCCCAGAAAUAUAAAGACUACAACAAGAUCCGCGAUAUAAUAGCUAGGAAGCUAGCUCCUCCUUCAGACGCCUCGACCUCAAAAAGCAAGCAUGACAAGCGCAAAGCAGUUCCUAUGCCAGCAGCCGAGACUCCAAUGAAGCGAGCAAAACAUGCCGAGACCCCUUCGAAGCGACUAGCCCCGAACGGCGACGAAUACAUGAACAGCCCGGCUAUCUCUAGGAAACUCUUCAGCCCUGCGCCGGUGACAGCCGUUGGGCCGACACCUCAGCGAGAUGGAAAAGUCCUCGGGUUGUUUGAUCUAUUGGUGGAAAAAGAGUUCAAGAGUCCACUGAAGGGCGUGAAGGAGAUGGGUCGCCCUGCUAGUUCCCAUGCAACUCCUAGCAGACGCAAAAGUCACUUGGGCGAAGAUGCUAUGGCCAAGUUAGGACUUACUCCCAGCUCUGCCAGCAAACGAAAGCUGUUUUCGACGCCAAUGAAGAAGAGGGAAGGACAAAAUAUGGCCGGAACGCCCACAUCCGUAUCCAAGCUUCAGUUUGAUACACCAGCAUUUUUAAAGAGGCACUCACUUCCAACACUGGACGAGAACACAAAAUUCGAUGCCCCACCUCUACGGCUGCCCCGAAAGCCUCUUGUUCGUGGCCUCAGCGAAAUUGUAGCCAGCCUUCGAAGAGUUGAGGAGGAGCAGCUAGACGACGACCUCGAAGCGCUGCGCGAAGUCGAGGCCGAAAUGGAGUCCGGCGGUCCCCCUCAGCCUACGAUUAAAAUACAAAAGCCGGAGCCAAAGCAGGACAUACUGGAGCCGGAUAGCCAGGCUAAACAGCUGCCUUUGGGUGGGUUCGAUGACGAGGGGUUGUAUGAUAGCCCUACAGAAGAUGCCGUAGAUCGUGAUGGACGGCCAAUGAGAGUGUUCAAGAAAAAAGGACAAAAGAGAACAACACGCCGAGCAAAUAUGCGACCGGUUCGAACCAAGCGACCAACGAACCUAGCUGAGGAGAAUGGGAGUGACGAAAAUGAAGAUGGAGACGGCCAAGACACCAUUCCAGACACCCAAGCUCAGGUUGGCAAACCAGAUGUCGCAGGCGAGUCUGAUAGCGACUUUGAAGAUAAAGAUGAUACCCAGGAUGCGAAGAGUGUGAAGACUUCGAAGAAGCCCGCCAAGGAAGAGGGCGUGGUAAAGAAGACGGUCCGCAAAGUGAACCAGCUGGCACAUGCAAACUUCCAACGGCUGAAGCUACGGAACAAUGGUGCCAAAGGUGGACCAGGCUAUAAUAGCCGGUUCCGAAGAAAACGAUGA